AUGUCUGCAAGCACUCCAAGUACAAAAACAUAUGGAGCUGGGCCGUCUGUCAGCUCUGAGUCUCUGCAGACAGAUCAAAGUGUUGGAAUGCACACAGAGGAUGAGGACAUUCAACUCGACCAAGUCCGACAAAUUCAUAAAAAUGUCCAGGACGAAAUGGCACAAGAUGAACAACAGGUGUAUAUGGGUGUGGUGUGGCAGGCAGGGAAAUUAGGACUGGCUUACUAUGAUAUAGAUACUACACAGAUAUACAUGAUGUUAGACACAGUGGAAUCAGAUGAAUUCACCAUGCUGAAGAGAGUGAUGAGACAGAUCCCGCCAGUUUGUGUGGUUAUUGGUACAAAGCAGGAUGAACGUUUGAUAAAAACAUUGAAGGCACUCUUGGUUCCCAAGCUUGACAAGGAGGAUACAGAUGCUGAUCAGAGAUCAGAGCCAGAUGUGGUAAAGCUACUUCCCAGUGUUGACUUCAGUUUGGACAUCUGUAAAAGAAGGCUUCUAAAUCUAGACCUGCCCUCCAUCCCCAAACAUUUUACAGAGACGGAGAAGACUCUCUAUCUCUCAUCACUUGUGCCUUUUGACAAUGUUUCGAUGGUGAGAGCCACAGGAGGUUUACUGAAGUACCUUGAGAAGAUGAGGAUUGGUGUGGAGUUGGAAGAUACUGUUGUUGGUGUACCUGUUCUAGAUCUGAGGUGUUUCUCAUUAGGUGAUCAAAUGGUAUUAGACGACACUGCAUUUAGCUCUCUACAGAUAUUUCAACGUGAAUCUCAUCCUUCUGCAUAUAAGGCAGGAUCUCGUAGUGCAAAAGAAGGCCUUAGUCUCUUUGGAAUUCUGAAUCGCUGUCGAUCCCAAGUUGGCAUGAGAAAACUUAGAUUGUGGUGUAUGCAACCCCUCAGAGACCUGUGUGUGUUGACCCAGCGGCAGAAUGCCAUCACUUUCUUUGUGAGCCCACGUAACAUUGAAGUGCUUACAACGCUGACCGAUUGCCUUAAACACAUCAAGAAUGUCACACGAGUUCUGGCCAGAAUGACCAACACUCAGGCAUCUGUCGGAGACUGGCAGGCACUCUAUAAGACAGUCUACAAUGCUAUCUAUAUUGGAGACAUAAGCAGGGCUCAGACACAAGGGAUUUACAUCUUCAAAAAGAUAUCAGACAACUUUUCUGAGGAUCUGCAUCGCAUUGCCACUCUUAUCAGCAAAAUUGUUGACUUUGAGGAGAGCAAUAGUCAAGGUAGAUUUGUGGUCAAGUGUGGAGUGGACUCUGAACUGGACGAACGAAAGAGAACAUACAAUGGCCUCCCAGAUUUUAUGACCAAAGUGGCCAAAGAGGAGCUCAAGAGGCUCAGUGAUGAAAUUACAGAAUGUAAUGUAAUCUACCUACCUCAGCUUGGGUACCUGUUAGCUAUCCCGAAGAUGGACCGUAUGCAAACUGAAGCUGAUUUUGUCAUCCCAGGACUGGAGUUUAUGUUUCUAUCUAACAGUAUGCUGCACUAUAAAAGUGCUAGCACCAGAGAGUUGGACCGACUUUUGGGGGAUACACAGUGUGAAAUAACAGAUCAGGAGAACAGCAUCAUGCACAAGUUACAGAACACCAUCCUAGAACACUCUCGAGUCCUCGUCGAUGUUAUGGAUCUUUGUGCUGAACUUGAUUGUUUGACAACUCUGGCCCAGUGUGCACGAGAUUACAGCUAUGUGAGGCCCACUCUAGUUGGUGAAGCUGUCAUUGAUAUCAAAGGAGGAAGACACCCACUCCAGGAACUCUGCUGCAGUCCUUUUGUUCCUAAUGAUAUCCUGAGCGAUGAAAGGAAUGGCAAGAUCAAAAUCCUAACAGGACCUAAUGCUUCUGGAAAGAGCGUUUACCUCAGACAGGUGGGAAUGAUUGUAUAUCUGGCCCACAUUGGCAGCUUUGUCCCAGCAGAGCAGGCUUCUAUUGGAAUGUUUGACAGGAUCUUUACACGUAUACACUCUCUGGAAAGUGUGUCAGUUGGUCUUUCCACCUUCAUGAUUGACAUCAAUCAGAUGACAGAGAGUUUGCGGAAUGCCACAGAUAAGUCACUGGUUUUAGUGGAUGAGUUCGGCAAAGGUACUUGCAUGACUGAUGGGCUAUCACUGCUGUGUGCAAGUAUUAUGUACUGGGAUGACAUGAAGGGAGCAUGUCCCCAUGUGGUUGUGUCAACCCAUUUCCAUAGCAUGGUCCACCAACACCUACUGCCACUCUCCCCAAACAUCAAGUACCUGACCAUGGAUACUAUACAUGAUGAAGAAGAGUUACUGUUCCUCUAUCAACUCAAAGAGGGUCACACUAGCUCAAGUUAUGCCAGCUAUAUCGCCAGCCAGUCUGGGUUACCAGAGGAGAUUGUCAAACGAGGUGUGGAGGUGUGUGAGCUGAUCAAAGACAACAAACCUGUACACAGAGUGGACAGUCCAGGUGUAGAUGUCCAGUAUAAAAGAUGUGAGGACAUAGUAAAGAAAUUUCUGGAGCUUGACCUUGACACAGAUGACCUUCAGGCAUUUCUGCGAGAUUAUGUACUUCCAGCAUCUCAGGGACUUCUUUGAUCUGUUGUUUCUUUUAUAUCAGUUGACAGUUUGUCAUUUUUUUAUGAUCUCAGGAGAGUUUAAGUAGUCAUAUCAUUCCAUACUGUAAAACCAUUGAUU